GCGCUUCACAUCUCUCCUUCAAGAACAAGAAUCCAAGAGCCUCUCACACGAUGAACAUCAAGGGGGUUUUCACGCUUGCGGUUGUCGCGCUUGUCGGUAUGGCGAACGCCGAGACCGAGGACCAUGUUGUUCGUGAGCUCCAGGUUGCUGACUUUAGUACCAAGCUCCUUAACGCUGUGAACGCCAAGCGCGCGGAGAAGGGCCUUGCUGCCGUGUGUAUUAACACGAAGUUGGCUAAGGCGGCGCAAACUCUUGCGGACGACAACGCCAAAAACAACAAGGUCAGCACCAAGGGCUCGGACGGUUCUACUCCGACGACGCGUUACGACGCCCAGGGUAUUGAAACAGCUCAAUCGGCUGAGCUUGUUGCUGCCGGUCAGGCUAGCGCCGACGCUGUUGUCGCCACCUGGACCAAGUCGUCUGGCGCGUAUGUGUACAGCGACUUCAAGUUCAUCGGCCCUGGCUACGCCUACGACAAGACCAAGACGUACAAGCACUACUGGGUGCUCGACUUCGCCAACGCUGAGGGUGAGUCUUGCCAGUAAAUCGGUACCCGAGCGAUGCCUACCGAAACUAUUCAGUCUGUAGAAAAGAAACUCAACGCGUGAUGAAGGAGGCUGCUUUUGUUACUUUACAAUAAGAAAAGAUUUUGCACAUGUA